GAGCCGCUGAGUAGACCAGGCCCACGGAAAUGAACGGGCCUAAGUUAAGUAUAUGAAACUGUCACAAUGCCUGUUAGGAGACGGGAAGGACAGCUGGAAAAAUGUUUAGAUGAUGCUACAAGAAAAAAUGACUUCCAAGCAUUGGAACAGUUCUUGGAAACGGAUUUUUCUGGUGGCAUUUCUCACAAAUGCAGCAAACAGUUUCUCAAUAAAUUAGACAAACUUAUAUGCCAGGAACUUGACAGUGAAGAAGUCAAGAAUGUUUCUACUAUGAUGAAUAUUCUUCAGAAACAAGGCAGAAAUAUAACCAUAUUAGGGGAAAUUGGGUUUCCUGCAAUGAUUGAGUAUGGUCUUGUUCAAAAGAUGGCAAAUUGGUUUGAAAAGGCUCAAGAAAUUAUCCAAAAUACAGUAAAUGAAAAGAAUGACAAAUAUGCCACUCUGUUUGAAGACUUCUUUGAUGUUCUUAUGAUAGUACAUGAUACCAGCAGUAAAGGUAAAAUACAAGUACUAGAAAAUUUUGUUUUGCGAACAUGCACACUUGCUACCGAUAAAAGAAUUAACAUUUAUAUUCAGCAGGAGGCAGUAAGAAAAUUGAACACAAUGCUUGAUUCUAUGCCCCGAGAUACUAGAAAGAAAAUUAUUUCUUCAGAGGAAAUGCAAGAAGUCAUGAAUGAUAUGGGAAAGAGAAUUUUGGAAGCUGGGGACUAUGACCUCCAAGUUGCCAUUACAGAAGCUUUGUGCAGAAUGACAUCAGAAAAACAGAGGCAAGAACUGGCAAGCCAAUGGUUUUCAAUGGAGUUUGUUAGCAAUGCAUUUAAAGAAAUUAAGGAUUCUGAGUUUGAAACAGAUUGCAGAAAGUUCCUUAACCAGGUGAAUGGCAUUCUUGGAGACAAAAGAAGGGUUUUUACCUAUCCUUGUUUAUCAGCUAUGCUUUGUGAACAUGAGCUGCAGAUACCAGCAGAUGACAACCUUGAAGAAUUUUGGAUUGAUUUUAAUACUGGUAGCAAAAGUGUAUCCUUCUAUGUUGCUGCGGACGAUGGUAGUCAUCAGUGGGAAACUGUUUGUAUUCCUGAAGAAGAAGUAAAAACAUACAUUAUUGAAGAGAAAGACAAAAAGAAAUUGUUGACAAUACAUUUACACAAUCCAAUGUUUGUGGGUAUCCAAGAAGGAGAGAAAAUAAUACUGCAUUUUGAUUCGGCAUUGGAAAUUGUGGAUGCAGCGUUGAAGGUUUAUGGUGCCAAUAAACGUCGGGGAUUUACAAAGAAGAAUACUAUGUCAGUUGCCAAAACAUCAGUACAUGUCAUUUUUGAUGAAAGUGAAUCACAGGUUGUUGUACCAGAAAGUCAAGUAUCUCCUUUGGAAAAAAACUCCUGUAAACCAUUGGAAGAUAAAGAUACUCAUUCCCCACCACAUCAAUAUCUCCAGACACAGAAAAAAAUGAAUCAGAAACUUAAUAAGGGGGACUUGGAAACAGUUAAAUCCAAGAUUAAUCCAGGUAAAAGGAAAGUGUCUGAGGCAUCAAUGGUGGUGCUAUCUGCUGCCAGGUUGUCUAUGCAAAGUCCAGUAACAGCAGUUAAUACUUGUAAGUUAGAUGCAAUGUUGUAA